AUGAGACCCACCUGUACAUCAGUGUCCUCCAGCUUCACUUGUUACACGUUCCUGUUGCUCAGCCGUGCUAGUUUUGCUCAGACCACCUGUGAUAAUAUCAAAGCGAUGGCCUUCCUAAACAGAGGGGCACCAAGCCUUGCUCUCACCUUCCACUCUGUCAUUCCAGGUGAUGCUGCAAGCGUGAUUCAGUUUGGUAAAUCGGCCAAACGAUCACCAGAAUCGACUCAAAUUGGGCAGUAUGGGAACGGCUUGAAAUCGGGUUCCAUGCGGAUUGGGAAAGAUUUUAUCCUGUUUACCAAGAAAGACGCCACCAUGACCUGCCUCUUCCUGUCACGCACUUUCCAUGAGGAAGAAGGCAUUGAUGAGGUCAUUGUCCCACUGCCCACGUGGAACACACGCACCUUGGAGCCCAUGACCGACAACAUGGAGAAAUUUGCUAUUGAGACGGAGCUUAUUUACAAGUAUUCCCCCUUUAAGUCGGAGCAAGAGGUGAUGCAGCAAUUUAAGAAAAUCCCUGGGGAGAAGGGAACCCUGGUGAUUAUCUUUAAUCUCAAACUGAUGGAUAAUGGGGAGCCAGAGCUAGAUGUGACCUCUGACCCCCGAGAUAUCCAGAUGGCAGAAACACCGCCUGAAGGAACAAAGCCAGAACGUCGCUCCUUCCGCGCCUAUGCUGCUGUCCUUUACAUUGAUCCUAGAAUGAGGAUCUUCAUCCAUGGACACAAAGUGCAAACAAAGCGACUUUCCUGCUGCCUCUACAAGCCGAGGAUGUAUAAAUACACUUCAAACCGUUUCAAGACCCGUGCGGAGCAGGAGGUGAAGAAGGCAGAGCACAUGGCUCGGAUAGCGGAGGAGAAGGCUCGAGAGGCCGAGAGUAAAGCCCGGGCACUGGAACUGCGACUGGGGGGAGAUCUUACACGAGACUCCAGAGUGACGCUCCGGCAAGUCCAGAACACAGCCAUAACCAUGCGCAGAGAGGCGGAUGUCAAGCGGCGAAUCAAGGAAGCAAAGCAGCGGGCCCUGAAGGAGCCUAAAGAGCUAAACUUUAUCUUCGGGGUGAAUAUCGAGCAGCGGGAUUUGGAUGGCAUGUUCAUCUAUAACUGCAGUCGACUGAUUAAGAUGUAUGAGAAGGUGGGCCCCCAGCUGGAGGGUGGCAUGGCAUGUGGUGGAGUGGUAGGCGUGGUGGACAUCCCCUACUUGGUUCUGGAGCCUACCCACAAUAAACAGGACUUCGCAGACGCUAAAGAGUAUCGACACUUACUGAGGGCGAUGGGGGACCACUUGGCUCAGUACUGGAAGGAUGUUGCUAUUGCCCAGAGGGGUAUAAUCAAGUUUUGGGAUGAGUUUGGCUAUUUAUCAGCAAACUGGAACCAGCCUCCUUCCAGUGAACUGCGCUACAAACGCCGACGAGCCAUGGAGAUUCCCACCACGAUUCAGUGUGAUAUGUGUUUAAAGUGGCGAACACUCCCAUUCCAGCUGAGCUCUGUGGAGAAGGAGUACCCAGAUACUUGGGUAUGCUCCAUGAACCCGGACCCUGAGCAGGACAGGUGUGACGCUUCAGAGCAGAAGCAGAAAGUUCCCCUGGGAGUGCUGAAAAAGGACAUCCGGUCUCAAGAGGAGAAGCAGAAGCAGCUGACGGAGAAAAUUCGCCAGCAGCAGGAGAAACUGGAGGCUCUUCAGAAAACUACUCCAAUCCGGUCCCAAGCUGACCUGAAAAAGUUGCCUCUUGAAGUGACCACACGGCCUAUAGUGGAGGACUCCCAGUCGCUGAGCAGACCUCAACGCCCGCGAUCGCCGCCGUUACCCGAUGUAAUUAAAAAUGCUCCCAGCAGGCCGCCACCGCCUCCCCCCAAGUCCAUCAGCCAGCUGCGAAAGGCUCCCUUGGCCCGACCGGCCAUCAGCACCCCCAAACUGGCGAGCGUGCUGUCCAGGGAAGAAGCCGGUACUUCUAGGACCCAGCAACACACUGUGACGGUGGGAAAGUCCAACAGCACCAAGCCGCCCCCCAUGCUCCUGCAGAACUCUGUAGGCCAGCGCGAGACGCCCAGCCCUAAAAUUACAAAGACGCCAGUACUGAAAAAACCUGCAGCAGCCAAGCCUUCUCCGCCGGCUUCCAGCAUCCGCAAGCGGACGUUUAACGCCAUGGAGGAGGGUGCUGAGGAGGAGGCGGAGCAGAAAAAGGAGAAGACCAAACGAGGGAAAAUUGUGGUCGUGAAAGAGGAGAAGAAAGACUCGAACGAGGUGGUGGUGGAGCUCACAGACAGUGCCGGGGAGGAGGAAUUAGCCGAUCUGAAAAGAGCCCAGAAAGACAAAGGGCUGCAUGUGGAGGUCCGAGUGAACAAGGAAUGGUUCACGGGCCGUGUCACGACUGUGGAGAUGGGCAAGCACGCCAUACGCUGGAAGGUGAAAUUCGAUUACGUUCCGACAGACACCACACCAAGAGAUCGCUGGGUAGAGAAGGGCAGUGAGGAUGUGCGGUUGAUGAAGCCUCCCUCUCCAGAGUAUCAGAGUCCAGACACACAGCAGGAAGAAGAGGAAGUUGCAACUGAGCCUUCAACCUCUGACUGUGCCCGAAUCGAGCCAGACACUACUGGUCCCAGUAGCAACCAGGAGACUGUGGAUUUGCUAGUCCAGACGCUCCGGAAUUGUUUGCGGUACUUCUUGCCCCCGAAUUUUCCCAUCUCCAAAAAGGAGCUGAGUUCCAUGAGUUCAGAAGAAUUGAUGGCUUUUCCUCUGAAAGAAUACUUCAAACAGUACGAAAUGGGGCUGCAGAAUUUGUGCAAUUCCUAUCAGACUCGUGCUGACGCCCGGGCCAAAGCAUGUGAGGAAAACCUCCGCAACUCGGAGCGAAAACUCAAGGAGACGGAGGAGAAACUACAGAAGCUGCGGACCAAUAUUGUGGCACUUCUGCAGAAAGUGCAGGAGGACAUCGAUAUUAAUACCGAUGAUGAGCUGGACGCGUAUAUUGAGGACCUGAUUACCAAGGGAGACUGAGUCGUCCAGAGCCAGCACUGGCAAGCAGCACGGAAGAGUUGGUCCCUGUGAUCUGAGGCGUGGCUUCCUGCCGCACAGGGGACCCGAGCAGCGCAUGAAAGGGGAGGGCCAUUAGACUGUGUAUUAUAUUGAUGUGUUGGUGUACAAUCUGUUCUUGUGAUUUUACAUGCAAAAGACAUUUGUGCAGUUGGCAGGCAAGUUUUUAACAUUGUAGUUCUUCAACUCUCUUUCCUUUGUUUAUAAAUAUUUAUUUUUUAAAAGAAA